GACUGGGACUGGGAGGAUCAAUAAAUAUCCACGAUGGUCCGCGCUCCCUCUCUCUCUCUCUCUCUCUCUCUCUCCUUCUCUCUUUCUUCUCGGACCUUUCGAACACCUCGGGGGUCAGCUCAUACCUUAGCUCCAAGUAUACUCGACAGUAGUGACCAUUGGCCAAACAACCAACUUGCGACUAACGAUCGGCCUAAAAGCUCAACCAGUGGAUGUGACCACGGGGACUGGGCCACCCGGCUUAGCAAUGGGGAGGGGGGAGCUUCCGUCCAGGACCCUAGUGCAGACUGCAGCUUGCUCGCUUGAGUUGUACAGUACGAAGAACAGGCAGGCAGGCAGUCCAUGUGGAUUGGUUAUUAUUAUUAUUAUUAUUCUAUUGCCUUAACCUUUCUCUUCUAAAAUUUUCUUUUUUUUUUCUUCGAUAAG